UUUGGCUUUUCUUUUUUUGUUGGGGCAUUUGAAGCGUCAAUAAUUAAGAAAAGGACGAGGUCGAGGAAUUUGAAUUAUGAAGUAACCAACUGGUCGUGAUGGCACACACAGCUCAAGAAGAGAGGAGUGAAGAUACUCUUCGGAGUGACAGUGAAGAGGGUUCUGAUUCAGAAUGCUAUGGUACAAAUGUCAAACGUCUCGACGCAGAAGAAAGACAGGAAUUGAGAGACAGAGGUAUGGUUGUGAGAGAAGGCGCAUGGUCAGGGCUAGAAGACGAGCAGCUGAAAAAGAAUAUGACACUCAUAUGCAAAAAAUAUGGUAUAGAUGAGCCCAGAAAGUUGAUCUAUCCUGAUCAGUAUCCAGAUGCGAAGGAGACAAGAAAUCUUGUUGAUGAAGAGAUGAUAUACAUGAAGCUCAGAAAAGGUAUCCAACGUCCGGUAUAUAAUGUCUACAUCAGAGCAAGAAAGAUCUUUGAUCCUCAAAAUUAUCUUGGAAGGUUUUCUGAUGAUGAGGUCAAGAUGAUGAAGGAGCUAGCCUUGAAGAUGGGAACAAGAUGGAGUCAGAUCUCCAAGAAGAUGGGACGCAGCGGCAGAUCGCUGUGUGACAGAUACAAAGUCUCAGGAAAGAGAAACUCCGGUUCAUGGUCUGAAGUAGAGAAGGCAAGACUGGUCAAAGUGGUCAAGCGUUUCUCCGGUUUCAACCAGGACCAGGAUGUGGAGAAGCUUUUCUUCAACAUUCCUUGGAGGCAGGUUCAGGAAGCCAUGAAAACCAGGAAUGUUCUGCAGUGCAGGAGAGAAUGGAUUAACAUUGUUUCCUGGGCUGUUGCUGACAAACAGUCACGCUACACCUCAAGAGGGCGCUGGAGGAUAGAGGAUAAUAUCCGACUGAUAGAAAGUGUUUACAACAUGGACAUUCAUGAUGAACAAGAUAUAGAUUGGAUGGCUCUACUCAAUGAAUUCCACAGGAUACCAUCUCCUCAGAAGCUGAAGUAUCAUUGGUAUAGGCUCAAAAUGAGGUAUAUACCGAAUUACCGCUUCAAGACAUUUGAGGAAAUUGUCUGCCAGCUUCAUGAAUUCACCUUGCCGAAUCUGAGAGGGAGACUAGCUAAAAAUGGGACAAAUAUAGUUUCAAGGGAGAUAGUGGAAGAUGAUAGUGACUCAGAAAGAGAGGAUUCUGAGAGUCAAAAGACUGAUAGUCAGAAUGAUGGUGUGACCGUGACAACCGACAGAGGAAUCACAGAUGAAUCUCUCUCUGAUAGAAUGAACGAGCAAGGCCAGGUUGGUGAUGAUAGUGACGACAGGAGAUCAGCUGAUCACACAGAUGAGGGUUCGAAUAUUGAGGUGGAAAGGGAGGAAAGAAACAACAAUGACAGACAAUCAAAGAAGAAGAAAAAGAAGAAGCGACAAAGAAGUGAACAUGCAACAAGUGACGCGGAUGGUGACAGGGAUACCAGUGUUAGCAAGAAAAAGAAAUGAAACUCAUUAAAAAUAAUAAAUCGUGAAGCUGAUUAUAUGCCCCCAAAAUAAUCAUCAAAAGACAUACAACAGAUGAAAACGGUUUUCAUAAGGAGAGAAUAAUAUGCAAUGAAGGAGAAGAGAAGAAGAGCAAAACUUAAAGGUCCAGUCCAACCCAGAAAAAUGUUUAUUUGAAUCAAUAUAGAAAAAUCAAACUAGCAAACUAGCUGAAAAUUUCAUCAAAAUCGGAUGUAAAAUAAGAAAGUUAUGACAUUUUAAAGUUUCGCUUUUUUUUCACAAAACAGUGAUAUGCACAACUAAGUGACAUGCAAAUGAGACAGUCGAUGAUGUCCCUCACUCACUAUUUCUUUUGUUUUUUGUUUGAAUUAUACAAUAUUUCUUUUUUGCAGAUUUGACAAUAAUGACCAACUUGACUGAACCAUAUUGUAUAAAACAAUGCUAAUUCCACAUGUUAAGGAGGAAUUAAUCGAUGUCUCACUUGACAUUGAGGAGAAAAUUAGAAUAUUUCAUGUAAUAGAAUACAAAAGAAAUAGUGAGUGGAUGACAUCAUCAGUCUCCUCAUUUGCAUACCGACCAGGAUGUGCAUAUAACUGUUUUGUGAAAUUAAGCAAAACUUUAAAAUGUCAUAACUUUCUUGUUUUACAUCCGAUUUUGAUGAAAUUUUCAGUGUUAUGCUUUUUGGAUUUUUCUCUUUUUAUUUAAAUCAUCUUUUAGUUGGGGUAUACUUGGCCUUUAAGAAAGACUAUUGUGGCAGUAAAGUAGGAUGCCUUCCGUAUCCUAUCUCGUUCUCAAUGAAAGUGUCACAAAGUGCAAAAUGAAAACAUUGGUUGCUAAGCUGUGAAAGCCCUAAGGGCAUUGUUAGUGCGCAUAUAAUUUAUGUCACUAUGAAUAUGAAUAUUUAUGAAAUAGAUUUCGUAAGCUGAAGGAUGAUAAAGAAAACAUUGUUUCUUACAAAAAUUUUGGUAAUGAUUAUUUCAAACUAUGAAACAAUAUACAAUUUGAAAUCAAAUUGAGAAAUUAUAGAAUUGUUGAUAAUUCACAUAAUAAAUGAUAAGUAACCAAAAGUCUCACUUCUCAAGCUUGGGUUACCUAGACAGUACCUUACAGAUACAAAAGAAAAAGUAUCAUAGAUUGAUAUCAUUAAAUUAGUGACACUGAUGUAAAAAAUGUGACACACGAUUGAGGUUAAUUAGAAAAUAUUUAUUCUUCUACAUUGAUGCCGUUUGGUACAAGUGUCUUCAGUUUUAGAAUCCAAAAUGAUUCUCGUUUGAGUAUGAUUGAUUCCUGGUGUUUUCUGAUAAGUUCUAUUCCUAUGAUUUGAAUGUCAUCUGUGGAAGUGGGCAGUAAUUGGGAUUUCCUUGCGUCUACUCGUGUGAUAUUUCUCUCUGUCUGAUCGUGUGUUGCACAUUCUUGUGUACAGUGUAUUAGUAGUCUUCCUGACGUACUGUUUGUUGCAGCGUUUGCAAGUAAUGAGAUAUAAUACCCAUGAAGAUUUGCAAUUGAUUUGCUGAGUAAUUAGGAAUUUCUCUCCUGUUACUGUGCUUACGAAAUAUUUAGUAUUCAACAUGAAUGGGCAGAUACAGCAUCUCUUAGCUUCAUAUUUGGAUGAGCUCAUGUGUUCACUCUGAUUGAUUUCAGAGUUGGCUGAAACAUGGGACAAUACUAAUAAGUCUUGAAGAGAGCCGCAUCGUCUAAAUGCGAUUCGGGGCGGUUCUGGAAAUAUUUAUUUCCUUAUCAGAACAAGAGUGUCGCUAAGGCGAGCACAUAAUACGCCUGUCUGUAACGCGAAAAUUUGAGUUAUUGGUCAAGCAAAAAAAGUGGCAGGUGGCGAACUCACCUUUGACCUGACUUCAAAAUCAAUAGAAUUGCAGGGAUCUAUGCUAGUAUCAUACACACCAAAUUAUAUGAGCCUAGGUUAAGUUCAACUAAAGUUGUCGCCUAAACAAGGACUUCAGAAGGGUAAGAUGAAAACAUGUCACUGUGAUCUUGACCUUUUGACCUCAAAAUCAAUAGGCUUCCUGGGAUCCAUGCUAGUAUCAUACACACCAAAUUAUAUGAGCCUAGGUUAAGUUAAACUAAAAUUAUCGCGUUUACAAGGACUUCAGAAGGGUAAGAUGAAAACAUGUCAGUGUGUGUGAAAAUAUGGUACCUUACUGAUGUUUCAAGUGAAUGUUUUCAAAAUAUUAAUUGGUUUAAGUUCAUCAUUACAAAUCUAUCCCAUAACCCAUAUUAUCUUAUCCUAUUCCUAUCUUAUUCCUAUCUUCAUCUUAAACCUAUCAUUCAAUAUCCUACACCUAUCCACUGAAUAUCUGGCAUUGAUUCCUAUAUAUGUGACAACAUUCCAAUACUUAGCAAAUUACGAUUAAGAACAAUUUUCUAUAUUUAACCUUGAAAUUCUCACCUAUGAAUUAUUUAUUUUUACGAAAAUGAAAUGGUAAUCAAGCUACAUACUUUUGUCAAACUUUUGAUGGUGAAACAAGUACGUAAAUACAUUCACGUUAAUUGAUAUAUUGAUAUAAGAUGAAACUGUGGUCAUUCACUGUUCUCAUAAAUAUUCAUAUCCAUAUGACGAAACGUUGGCAUUAUGUUUUUCCCAACAUUGGCGUAAUGUUUUCCCAACGUUGGCAAAACUUAAUUGGUUUUUCGAACAACCCAGGAACAAACAAGAUUCCAACAUUGUAUCAUCGUCACAGUUACUAUUUUUACUUUUCAAGUGAAGCUAUAUUGCAAUCAGAUUUUGCAGGCUGGAUCAUGUACAAUUAGAUGGAUAACAAUUAUAUAAGAAAGUUAUGAUGUCAUAAAAACAUAAAAGAUCAUGGGUUUCCUCGACAUAAUUUCCAAAGUUGUUUUUAAUGAAAAUACCCUUAUGAUAUUGUCAAAAUAUUAUAUUAUGACCUUUCUAGAACGUUUGUCAUGUUAAUCAUAUUGUAAUAAUAUUUUUCAAAACAUUUUGUUUUAAUCAUGGUAUCAAUAUGUUCAAAAUGAAAUAAAACAUUUCUUGAAAAAUGUCAAUAUGAUGUUAUAAAAACAUCAAAAGAAUAAUCCUUCCAUUAAAUUUUAUUAACAUUUUGGAAAACGUUAAAUGUUACAAUAAGAAGCUUAAUUGAAAUAUUCUUUUAAAAAAUUUAGAUGACUUUUCUAGAACGUUUGACGUUGCCAUUAUUACAUUUUGAUAACAUUGAAAAGAUGAUAUUAAGAUGUUUCUUUGAUUUCUGAAGAAAAAAAUGAAAUUGUGAAAGAAGAUUUUUUUUAACAUUAAUUCUUAUCUAUAUAGGGUU